UGCCAUUUCUUCAAUAUAUAUCCAUUUGAAAUCAAAACGAUCAGAAGCUUAGAGCGAAGAAUAAUUAGCUAAGAGAGUCGCACAGAUGGCUACGACAAGAAGAACCAUUAGGGUUCUCAUGCUUCCAUGGCUUGCUCAUGGUCACAUAGGUCCGUUCCUAGAGCUAGCCAAAAUGCUCUCGAAAAGGAACGUCCUCGUCUUCCUUUGUUCAAGUCCUGUCAACCUUAGUUCCAUCGAAAUCAGUCAUGAAUAUUGCUCCACCAUUGAGCUGGUGGAGCUCCAUGUCCCAUCUUUGCCUGGUCUCCCUCCUCAAUACCACACAACUAAGGGCUUACCGCCACACCUCAUGCCGAAACUGAAGGAAGCCUUCGACAUGGCAGGCCCCAACCUCUUUGAUAUCAUCGCUGAUUGCCGACCCGAUUUGCUUAUCUUCGAUUUUCUCCUCCCGUGGGUGCCCAAAGUCGCGAGGUCGCAUGGCAUCCCGACGGUCAGCUUCUUGAGCAUGGCAGCGGGGGCGAGUUCAUAUGUACUGCAAUCCAUCAAGAGGCCGGGCAAAGAAUAUCCUUUCAAGGCAAUUCAUCUUCAGGACCAUUGGAGGGCAAAGUUAAAGAACCAAGUAGAACAAGCAUCGGAGAAUGGCAUGAGCGACACGGAAAGGGCCGUGCGAUCCAUUGACCAUUCGUUGGGCCUAAUCUUUCUGAAGACCUCCAGGGAAUUGGAGGGCAAAUACAUUGACUACUUAAGUGAUCUUUUAGGGAAGAAAGUCGUGCCCGUUGGCCCACUAGUUCAAGACCUGGUCCGAAAGGAUGGGAAUCCCAUAAUUGAGUGGCUUAAACAAAAGGAAAGAUCAUCGACCAUAUUCGUGUCCUUCGGCACGGAGUACUUCCUCACGGAGAGAGAAAGAGAAGAGACAGCCUAUGGGUUGGAACUUAGUAAUGUCAACUUCAUUUGGGUGGUUAAGUUUCCUAAGGAAGAGCACAUCAAACUUGAAGAGGCACUUCCUAAGGGAUUUCUUGGAAGGGUGAGAGAUAGAGGACUAGUGAUACAGGGGUGGGCACCGCAAGCUAUGAUUCUAGCACAUCCAAGCAUUGGUGGAUUUGUCAGUCACUGUGGGUGGAGUUCGGUCAUGGAGAGCAUGAAGUUUGGAGUCCCGAUCAUCGCAAUGCCGAUGCAUCUCGAUCAGCCUCUCAACGCAAGGGUCGUUGAGGACCUUGGUGUCGGAUUGGAGGUUUCGAGGAAUGAGAGUGGAGAGCUAGAGAGAGAGGAGAUUGCGAAGGUGAUCAAGGGUGUUGUGGUGGAGGAAGGUGGGGAGUGUGUGAGGAAUAAGGUUAAAGAAGUGAGUGUAGGCAUUAGGAACAAAGGAGAUGAAGAGAUCGAUGAAGUGGAGGAUGAGAUUGUGAGGCUUUGUGGAAUAGCGAUGGAUAGCGGGUGA